UUGAUUCUUGAAUGUUUGCACAACACUGCUGAGAUUUCUCCAUCAAAUCCCCCAAUCCAGCAAUUCUGAGCCGUCCAGAAAAAUCCACUCUGUAGUCUCACCUUUUUCACCCCAUUCCCCUUUUCCAUCUCAAUCCGGCUCAGCAGAUUCUCCAUUUCUCUUUCUCUCCCCAAGCCAAGAAUCUCUUUCCCUCCCACAGAUUUGAGAUUCUCUCUCUCUCUCUUUCUCUCUCUAAAGCUUAUCAAUGAUGCCAUUCUUCUCCUCUUCUACCCUUCCUUUUCCCUCCACUGUUCCAAAUUCUCUCUCCAUUAGUCAUUUUCAUUCUUGCCCGCCCUUUUCGUCGUCCCCGCGCCAACCCAGAAAGCUCCUCUCUUUUAUACAUGCCAAUGUCUUCUUCAGCUAGCGUCAAUCAUCUCUCUCAGCCUUGCAUUUAUGCAGGGCACUUUGUUUCUUCACACGCAGAGCGAAAGUCAAGGUUUAUGAAAUGGCUGAGUAAGAUUUUCAAGGGGUGUUCAAGUAGUAGGGGAUUGCCAGGUGGACGACAACCUCAGCUCCUGGGAGAUGAAAAUAUAGCUUUGCCUGCUCCAAUUAGAUCCUUGGAUGAUCGCCCUAGAGCCAAUAAAGAAAAGGAGGAACUGGACCGUGCAAUUGCACGCUCUCAAGCUGAAGAUUUGAAGAGGCCAAAUGGAUACAGAUGGGCAGACAACGAUGAUCUAGCAAGGUCGCUUUAUGAUGGUCUUGGUUCUUCAUCAUUCCCGCCUUAUGCUCCUCCCGCUCCUCCUGCUCCCUAUGUCCCGAGGGACUAUUAUCCAAGAGACUAUAGAGUAUGUGGUGGCUGCCACCGGGAAAUUGGCUAUGGCAACUACUUGGGAUGCAUGGGGACUUUCUUUCAUCCAGAAUGCUUUUGCUGUUAUGCCUGUGGUUAUCCAAUCACAGAACACGAGUUUUCUCUGUCAGGGAACAAGACAUAUCAUAAGUUGUGCUUCAAAGAACUCACUCAUCCCAAAUGUGAAGUCUGCCAUCAAUUUAUUCCCACAAAUGGCGCUGGUUUGAUAGAGUAUAGAUGCCAUCCGUUUUGGUCUCAGAAAUAUUGCCCUGCACACGAGCAUGAUGUCACUGCCCGAUGUUGCAGCUGUGAACGUCUGGAGUCGUGGGAUGCAAAAUAUAUAUCGCUUGGAGAUGGGCGGAGCUUAUGCUUGGAGUGUAUGGAAUCUGCUAUCAUGGACACCGGGGACUGCCAACCACUUUACCAUGCCAUCAGAGACUAUUAUGAAGGCAUGAACAUGAAAAUAGACCAGCAAAUUCCUAUGCUUCUCGUUGAAAGGCAGGCCCUUAAUGAAGCUAUCGAAGGGGAGAAACACGGCUUCCAUCACUUGCCUGAAACCAGGGGUCUCUGCUUAUCCGAGGAGCAGACUGUUACUAGUAUACUGAAACGGCCAAGAAUGGCUGGGCGAGGCGGGCUGGUAGGAAUGAGAACACAGCCUCAGAGACUAACCCGAAAAUGUGAGGUUACAGCCAUCUUGGUUCUAUAUGGUCUCCCAAGAUUACUCACCGGAGCCAUUCUAGCGCACGAAUUAAUGCAUGCGUGGUUGCGCCUGAAAGGUUUCAGAAAUCUCAGCCCUGAGGUGGAGGAAGGAAUAUGCCAAGUGCUGUCUCACAUGUGGCUUGAGUCAGAGGUGAUGCCUGGGUUCAGAAACAUGCCAUCCACAUCAACAGCUUCGUCGUCCUCAUCGGCAUGGCCAUCAUCAUCAUCGUCGUCGUCAUCCAAGAAAGGCGGGAGGUCUGGGGCCGAAAACAAGUUGGGAGAGUUUUUCAUGCACCAGAUAGCUCAUGACACUUCUCCAGCCUAUGGAGGAGGGUUUAGAGCAGCCAAUGAAGCUGUGAAUAAGUACGGUUUACGACGCACCUUGGAUCACAUUCAUUUCACAGGAAGCUUUCCCUUGUAAACCUACUAUUACAUUCACCCUCCCUGAUCUCUCUUCUGUUGAAAAUCUGCUCUGAUGCUUCUGGCAUGUCAAAGAACAUGGAAUGUUCCUCCUGAGAACUGAGUUACAUUGACUCCCCCUACUUUUUCUGGGGUCCUUGAGGACACAUGCUAAAUUGACCUGUAAUCUUCAAACAGGAAAACAAAAACAUGUUUAUGAGGCUGUCUUGUAUCAGAGUUUGCCAUAUUCAACAGCAAUAAAAGAAGCUUGACACAUUAUUUGCAGAAA